AUGAGAGGAAGCCACUCACUCCAUGAAGAUAGGAUCAAGGAGCAGAUGCUCAUCUUUAAUGGACCAAUCACGUUCAACUACCCAGCAGCUUGGAGAAUGGACCAACGGGAAGCUGCCAUUCAUCCGAAGUGGAUGGGGAUGGGAGAAGCUGCUGCAAGCAUGCCUCAACACCAUUGGUUGCAUGCAGGGGAGAGAUCUAUUUUGUGGAGGUUCUGGUUGGUAACCUUUCACGCGGGGAAAGCUCUCCCUGAGAGUAAUCUUUCAAGUAAGGGAGAGCUCUGCCACAGAACCAGGUGUACAAGUAUAUUAGGGCGUAGCCGAUAUGCUAGUACCGGCACUUAUGGUGUAACCAUAAGCAGGGCCAGCCUACUACAACAGUGUGGGAAGAAAUCGGAGAGACGGGAUUGCAGCCUAGGCCGAGUUAAUAUCAUACGACCGUAUGAUCCAACUAACAGUGAGGUUAGGUCGAUGAGUGAGGGCUGGCCAGGUUACUAUGUGUUUCUUGGAUGCGGUAUUCGCGUGUUGUGGUGUGCUAACCUCAAUGCAGGUGGAGGCGGGAUUAUCCCGCGGCGUUUGUGUUUGGAGUUUAGGGAAUUCCCCUUGUAUAGAGGUCCUAGACUCACUGACGAACCUCGACAUUUUGUGGCGCUUCUCAGAACGUCUGUGCCUAGGACGGUUUGGGGGUGUUACACUUUCUCUGCACUCAAGUAUAAAAAGAUACCCUUUGCUCAUCGGACAAAUGUAGGGCUUUGCGUGGACAAUGACUUGGGGUCGAAAUCGGUCCUCUUUCUAUGUCUUCCUUCACCUUCCCUACACCGACUUGGGGACAUCCUCUUCAGAACAUCUCUUAUCUAUCUAUUGUCUUCCUCGACCGCAACACACGAACGGCAAGCCUUUGAUACCACCGUCUGGGGAAACGCCAUGUGGAUGGCUCCCGUGGACAACCCACUGGCAUGA